GGGAAGCUGAUAGAGGGCAUCGUAUGGGGUUCCUUUCUUUGGAACGCUCUGAGAGAGAGAUCGAGAAAGAGUAGGAACAAGAAAGCAGCGAAACCCUCUCUUUCGUCGAAGACGAUGGCCGAGAAGCCGCAGGCGGUGCGCGUGCUCUACUGCGGCGUAUGCGGCCUUCCCGCGGAGUACUGUGAGUUUGGUCCCGACUUCGAAAAGUGCAAGCCCUGGCUCCGCCGCCACGCCCCCGACCUCUACCCUGAUCUCCUCCUCAAAGAGGAGAACGAGACGGAUGCGGACAAGGCCGCCCGACAGCUCCAGUCGGUGGCGAUCUCGGGUUCUGGUGACGGCGCUGGCGGCGAUGCCUCAUCUGCUCCCUCAGGGAGUGCUUCAGCAUCUAAGCAGGAUGAAGUAAAGCGCCUUCCUGGUGGUAAGAUAAAGAAGAAGGAAAAACAAGAAGUUGUCAUUGAAAAGAUUGUACGCAAUAAGCGUAAAUGUGUUACAGUUGUUAAGGGCCUAGAGCUUUUUGGCAUAAAACUGAGUGAUGCAUCAAAGAAGCUUGGGAAAAAAUUUGCUACAGGAGCUUCUGUUGUUAAGGGACCAACUGAGAAAGAACAAAUUGAUGUCCAAGGAGACAUAGCAUACGAUAUUGUGGAGUUCAUUACAGAGACUUGGCCAGCUGUGCCAGAAACUGCAAUUUUCUUCAUAGAAGAUGGAAGAAAGGUUGCUGCCGCUUAAUGCUUAUAUUUUCAGAAAAUAAGGAUUCUCGGGAAUUGCUUGUAACGAUAUUAUGGUUGAGUUGUACCUUACCUGCUAAAAGACUUGUCCCCCUGAGCAUUCCAUUUUAUAUAUAUUUGAACCUUUGUCCUAGGGGCAUA